AUGACGAUCAACAGCUCAAACCAGGAGUCGUUCGACCAAUACAGACAUGGUCAUGAGAAGCAGACCAAGUCCCAGGCUGCGGCGCCCAUUGCCGUCGUGGGCAUGGCUUGCAGAUUCGCUGGCGGCGUGACCAACCCAGAGGAGCUCUGGGAUCUCUGUGCUAGCGGUCGAGACGCCUGGUCCCCUAUACCAGACUCGCGGUUCGAUGUCAAAUCGUACUACGACAAGACUUCUGCAAAGAGCGGCCGAAAUCAUGCCACCGGAGGUUACUUCUUGCAGGAAGAUGUGGCCCUGUUUGAUGCCGGGUUUUUUAAAUUCACAACUGAAGUCGCCAGUACAAUGGAUCCUCAGCUUCGGCUGCUAUUGGAGGUGACAUACGAAGCAACAGAGGACGCUGGUAUACCUUUAGAAAAGCUAUCAGGGCCGGGCCCCAACACGUCGGUAUUCGUCGGUUGCUACACCAAGGAUUACCACGAUCUUCAGACGCGCGAUCCCGAGACCAUGCCUCCAUCCACUCUUACUGGAAACUAUACAGCGAUGUUUUCAAAUAGGGUCUCCCACUUCUACGAUUUUCAGGGAGCCAGCAUGUCGAUCGACACUGGCUGCUCGGCAGCCCUCGCCGCGCUACACCAGGCAUGCCAGACCAUCAGGUCGGGAGAGUCUGAAGUUUCCAUAGUCGGUGCUGCAAAUACAAUAUUAAAUCCAGACAUCUACAUCGCCAUGUCUACCCUUGGCAUGGUAGGCGCAGAUGGACGUUGUUACGCGUGGGACUCGCGGGCACAGGGCUAUGGCCGCGGAGAGGGCGUCGCCGUGCUUGUGCUCAAGUCUCUUGAUGCAGCCCUGCGCGACGGCGACCGGGUACAUGCCGUUAUACGGGAGACGGGACUCAACCAGGACGGUAAAACAACCAGCAUCACCUCUCCGUCCAUGGACGCGCAAAUCCGCCUUAUAAAACAUUGUUACCAAAAAGCGGGUCUCGAUAUUUCAGAAACGGGAUACAUCGAGGCUCACAUGACCGGAACCCAGAUUGGAGAUGCCACUGAGGCUGAAUCUCUGGCACGGACGUUCGGCGCAAGCCGCACAGAGGAUGACCCCGUCGUGGUUGGCUCCGUGAAGACCAACGUCGGUCAUACCGAGGGUGUCAGCGGCCUAGCUGGUAUUAUCAAGACUGCAAUGGCCAUGAAAUACCAAGCUAUUCCGCCGAACCAGAACUACAUCGUGGGUAAUUCCAAAAUCCCUCUUGGCGACUGGCACUUGCAAGUUCCGACCGGUGUGGUGCCCUGGCCACGGAAUAAGCCUUUGCGUGCGUCCAUCAACAACUUUGGAUAUGGAGGCACGAACGCCCAUGUGAUCAUGGAAGGAGCGCCUCAAACAAAGCUCACUGAUGGCAACGGUCGCGGAAACCAUGUCAAUGGUGAUGUGUCUCAACUGUUUGUGCUCAGUGCUCAGGACCCCGCCACGGCCAAAGCCAUGGCCGGAAAGCUUGCUUCAUACAUUCGAAAAAGCCUAGAGCGCGAGACAGAUCUGGACCCUGCCGAUAUCGCCUUUACGCUCAGUCAACGGCGGUCGCGUUUCUCCUACGUCACCACUGUACGAGCUCGCGGCUUGGCCGAGUUGGCCGACAACCUUGAAAAGACGGCGGCUCUCAAGGUAGGACACACGCCUACAACUAAGCGAGCACCAAGACUCGGCUUUGUGUUCAACGGUCAAGGCGCGCAAUGGCAUGCCAUGGGCCGAGAACUGCUGUACGCAUAUCCCGUGUUCGCCAAGGCAAUCGACGAGGCCGACCUAGUGCUGCGAGGGUACGGAGCCGAUUGGUCGUUGCGCGAGGAACUCCUCCGCGAUGCCAAGUUGACUCGCAUCUCCGAGAUUCACCUGGGUCAGCCGAUCACAGUUGCGCUGCAGAUAUGCCUAGUGAUCUUGCUCAACUCAUGGGGCAUCUAUCCAUCGGCCGUCACCAGCCAUUCUAGCGGCGAAAUCGCGGCUGCUUACUGUGCUGGGGCGCUUUCCUUCGAGCAGGCGCUUGGCGUGACAUACUGGCGCGGCGAGCUCGCGCGCACACUGCUGGACCCCAAAGCCACAGGUGUUGUCGGCGGCAUGGCUGCGGGUGGCGUAGGCGCUGAAGAGGCAGAGAAAUACGUGAAAAACACAACUUCUGGCGGUCGAGUCGUGGUGGCCUGCAUCAACAGUCCCGAAAGUGUAACUCUUUCGGGUGACUUGGACGAUGUAGACGAGGUCGUGAAGCGUCUCGAUGCUGACGGCAAAUUUGCGCGCAAGCUUAGGGUUGCGCUGGCAUAUCAUUCACACCAUAUGCUGCACAUGGAGUCGGCCUAUCUGGAGAAGCUGCAGGAAAUUGUGCCAUCGAAGCCGACGUGGCCCGGUGACAUUACCUACACGUCCCCUGUCACAGGCGACGUUGUGGCAUCCGCCAAUUCGCUGUCACCAGCGCACUAUGUGCAAAACCUCACCAGUCCGGUUCUCUUCAGCCAAGCAUUUGAGACCAUGUGCUUCAGUGAGACAGACACAAAUUCCGCGCAGGUAGAUGCCAUUAUUGAAGUAGGUCCGCACGGUGCGCUGGCGGGUCCCAUUAGACAGAUCCUGCGAGGCCGUAAGAUGGCUUACAUGUCUUGUCUUUCGCGGAAUGUGAAUGCCGUUGAGACCAUGCAAGACGUUGCUGGAGAACUCGUGCGCCUCGGGUAUCCCGUGUCUCUGUCCGCCGUCAAUAAGUACGCAGAGGCAAGCGGUGAGGAGGUUAUGACCUCGGAUGUGAAAUUCGUGCCUGAUCUACCGACUUAUUCGUGGAACCACGCGAAUCGCUACUGGGUCGAAUCACGUGUCAGCAAGGACAUCCGCUACAAGAAGUUCCCACCUCAUGAGCUCCUUGGUAUCCCUGUUUCGGGCGCAACAACGCCGGCGUGGCGAAAUUUCAUACAGCUCGUCGACCUUCCAUGGAUUGGUGACCAUCGUGUCGAUGGCAUGGUCGUACUGCCUGGUGCGGCCUACGUGUCAAUGGCCAUCGAGGCGGUUCGUCUGGUCACAGAUCCGUCUGAGCAGAAGAUUCGUGGCUAUCGUGUCAAAAACGUCGAGUUUCUGAGUGCCUUGGUAGUUCCCGAGUCUGAAUCGUCCGGCGGAGGUGUCGAGACGUACUUUCGUCUAGGACCGUCGCGAGAGGGGGCGAAGGGUGGCUGGUAUGAAUAUGAAGUGCGCUCUUCAAGGGGCAACGACGUGUGGGUGGAAAACUGUCGUGGUCUCGUCUCGGCAGUGGUAGAUCAGCAAGACGUCGAGGAUGCCGUCGUACCCAGGACUGACUCCUUCCUGAAAACGCAGGAAUCCAAGGUCCGACGAGUGGCCGGUUCAGCGCUUCGGGAGGAUGUCGCCGGUAUGGGAAUCAGAUAUGGACCAGCCUUCCAAGGUAUAGGAGACGUUAUGGCGUCCAAAUCUCUCAAGCGAGCAGCGGCUGAUCUGGAAAUCAUCGAGCUUGAAUCCCCAUCAGCGUCGUCAGACUUCAGUUCAUAUGUUAUACAUCCAACAACUUUGGACUGUAUCGUUCAAGCUACUUACACCAAUUUGCCGCCAGACACAGGGAAGGCGUCCAUGGUACUUCCUAGGUCGCUCCAGGAUGCGUUUGUGCCUCGGUCGCUAAACAGGGGGGCCGGUGAGCGUCUGGAGAUCUUGAGUGAGCUACGGAAUGCACAACGCAAAGGCUUCACUUCGGACGUAAUCGUUGCGAACUCUCAACAAGGGGAUGGUCAUGGCAGGAGUCCUCUUGUCAUCAAUCAGCUGUUCUGCCAGGCCAUUCCCCGCGAUGCUGAAAGUGGCCCUCAAAUCCCUCUCUAUGAUAGUCGUUGGGUUCCGGCAGUGAGGUACGGAGGCAUCCCCUCGUAUGUCAAAGAAUCCAUGCGCAAUGCACUCGCCUACGAAGAGCGAGACUAUGAGAAAAAGGUGGUACGCGCGUCCUAUUAUCUCAUUGCCGACGCGGUGGCCGACCUUGAGGGGCAGCCAACGGACAAUUGGACACCACACCAGCACGCAUUGUUUUCGUGGAUGAAGAGUGUGGUGGCCCGUGGCCAAUGCGGACAACUGGUGCAUGGUAGCAAGGCCUGGGGCGGAGCCAGUAAGGGCCUCAAGCAAAAGCUAUUUGACGAGCUCAGGUCCAAGGGGCCACAUGGGCGUCUCAUUGUUCGUAUCGGCCAGAAGCUGGCUCGGAUUGUGCAAGGCCAGAUAACGCCUGCCGCUCUCCUAGAGGAAGACAACAGUGAUCUCUUAACGCAGUACAAGAGUAGCCUACCAAGCCUACAAACUCGCAGCUACAAGCAGCUUGCCAGGAUUGCGAGUGUCCUUGCUGUUCAGCAACCGGGAGCACAUGUUCUCGAGAUUGGCGGGGGUAAUGGGGCAGCUGCUCGGACUCUGUUGGAAGCAUUCGGACAUGGAGGCAAUGGUGGGCUGCUCAUCGACAAAUACAUCUUCUCCGAUGUCUCCUCGGUUCAUUUCGACGCAGCUAAACAGCAAUUGGCCCCAUGGACCAAUGUGCUAGAGUUCAAAGAACUCGAAUUGGAAAAGGAGUGGCCGGCGCAGCCAUCGCACGAAGUAGCCGAGCAGAGCAUUGACCUGGUGGUAGUAUCCAUGAACUUACACACAAUCAAGAAUUUGAAGACGACAUUACAGAAUGUGAGGAAACUGCUGAAGCCCAGCGGCAAGCUUCUACUCGUUGAGAAGACGCAUGUCAGCCUCGACGCGCAGCUCAUCCUGAGCACACUCCCGGGUUGGGAACAGCAGGGCGAGCAACCGGAACUUGCCAGGGGGCUUGAAGCGUGGAACAAUCUACUUCGCGCCAAUGGAUUCACCGGCAUCGAAUUCGACAUUUCUGAUUGUGAGGAGCGACGAUUCCAGAGAUCGGCCGUCAUGAUGACAAGCGUGGGGCUUGAAAAAGAGUCCGCCGCAAUCCCUAAUCCCUCAACCCCCAGCGUCGUGACUAUCGUUCGCGAUAGCUCUGCGCUUUCGCCGUCGCGACAGGAAUGGUUCUCACAGCUAUGCGAAGCAAUCCAUGUGACAACAGGCAUCAGGGCUACGGUAGAGACCCUGGAGGAUGUACAGCCAGGCGAGAAUCAAGUACACAUAUUGGCCACAGACAUGACCGAGAACAACUGUGUGCUGGACAGUAUGGACGAACUCACAUUCCAUAAGCUUCGUCGAGUACUUUUGGAGAGUCGAGGAGUUUUGUGGUUGACCACCGGAGCCGGUCCAGACGCCGUCGCGACACCCGCAUCUUCCCAGGUGCAGGGCCUGCUGCGAACUCUUCGCCAUGAGAAUGUGGAUAAAUCCUAUGUCUUACUGGAAUUACCAAGAACCUGGGCCGAAGAGGCGGACAUGGUUAUAAAGCAUGUCACCGGGGUGUUCCAACAAACAUUGUUGAACAAUGAGUCUGGCCAGGCUGACGCCGACUGGGAGUAUGCAAUUAAGGACUCGGCCGUCCAUGUGCCACGAAUCUACCCGAAGAUGGUCGGCAAAGACGAGUCCGAGACAGAGUCUUUCCGGCCUUUCCUGAAUUCAAGCCGGCCGUUGGUGUGGGAGACAUCGGACUCAGGUGAAGGCGACUUUGUCGAACAAUUGUAUGGACCUACCAAAGCGCUUACUGACGGUACCAUUGAGAUCGAGACUCGAGCUUUCAGCCUGAGUCCUCAUGUCCAUGGCAAUGCGACAGAAGUUGACGACGAAGAAGACACAGCUGUAUACGAGUUCGCGGGCAUCGUCACCGGACUUGGCCCCCAUACGGAUGCCAGCGGGCUCCAGCUCGGCGACAAGGUAUGCGGCGUGACGAAGGGUCCAUAUGCAAGUACAACACAAGCGAAUUGGACCAGCGUCGGUAAAAUCCCUGGCGGCUUAUCCUUCGAUGAGGCUGUAUGUGCCCCGCUGGCAUAUUCUGGGGCUUAUCACGCUCUUGUGCACGUAGCCAGAUUGCAGAAGCAUGACAAGAUCCUCGUCGUGCAAGCUAAUGGCGAAUCCGAUGGCGCCGCUGGUCUUGCUAUUGCGAAACAUCUGGGUGCUGAAUUGUGGUUUGCUGCGAACGACUUGACCGAGGCCGAAACCCAGCGAGUCAUCGAUACAUUCCAGCUUGCUCCCAACCGAAUCCUUAAGAGCCGUUCCGCUAGAGAUUUGGACGAUGCUAUUAAGGAGCAGACUGGGGGACAGGGCGUAGAUGUGGUUCUCACCGGGCCGACGUCUUCGCUUUCUGCACCUCUGCUGCAGUCUGCUCUCAACAGCGUCGUGCAUUUUGGUCGUUUUGUUGAAAUCGGCCCCUGGAACAGAAGCCUAGACGUUACCCAGCUUGCCACAAAAUGUGCUACAUAUGCGCGAGUGGAUAUGGUAAAGUUGAGCGACCACAGUGCUCGGCUUAUGAAGGAGGCAUUGGAUGCGAGCCUCAACAUCAUCUCUCACGGUGUCGCGUCAUCCCCGUCAUGGUCUCUGUCGCCCCUUGCUCCUGUGGCGAAAUUCUCGCCUUCGCAAAUGAGUCAAGCAUUGCGGCAUCUGCAGCAACAGCAAGGUAAGCCGGGCAAAGUGGUCAUUGAGGCCCAGGCCGAUAGUCUUGUCAAAGCCAUUAUGCCGAUAACCGCACCUCGUCUCGAUGACGAGAAAGCCACUUAUCUGAUUGUCGGUGGUGUGGAUGGUAUUGGCGGUGCUAUUGCUUCAUGGAUGGCGUCGAAAGGCGCCCGAAGCGUGGUCUUGAUCUCCCGUAACGCAGGGACACACCCAGAGGCGGAGGAACUUAUCGAAAAUGCGGAGCUGCGAGGAUGUCGCCUCCAAGUCCUCAACUGCGAUAUAUCAAGUGAGGAGAGUCUUGUCCAGCUUCUCAAUCAAGUUUCAGCAACGUCGCCUCCGAUCCGUGGGGUUAUCCACGCUGCCAAUGUUCUAGCGGAUACCGUGUUUGAUCGCAUGUCAUUCACACAAUGGCAAAAAACCGUGGGGCCCAAGGUCGCUGGCACGAUGAAUUUGCACAAAUACUUACCUCAAGAUCUAUCGUUUUUCGUGCUUCUGUCGUCAGUCAUCGGAGUGAUGGGCCACGUCUCCCAGGCCAACUACGCCGCGGCCAACGCGUUCGAGGACGCCUUUGCCAGCCACCGCGUCAGUCUGGGUCUCCCUGCUGUCAGUCUGGCUCUGCCAGCCGUUUCAGGCGUCGGAAUGGUGGCAUCUGAUGAAGAUGCCCGGCGUCGUGUCGAAGCACUUGGAACCGAGUCGGUACAUGUGGACGAUGUAUUCCGCCUAAUCGAAGACGCCGUCCAGCACGACACGCACCUACAGCACAAGAUGAAAUUCAGUCAGUUCAAAUCGUCACCUGGUGAAGCGCAGAGGAUCGUCGGCCUGCAACCGUGGAGCAGUCUGUCGCCCGAUGCUGCCAUUCGCCGCGAUCGGCGCUUCGGCACCUUACGCCUGGUUGAAACGGGAUCAUCCGGGUUGACACAGUCCUCCGAGACCAUGUCCUUCGACCCUACUGCGCUUCUGGUCCGCGCACUUGGUAGUAGCAGGAUUAAUGGAGGCGAUGGUCCAAAGCAAGAAGUGGAGGGCACAGCACAGGUAGCAGAAGCACUGGCCACGAAAUUGGCGGCCAUUUUCAACAUUGACGUUGUGACCGUGGAUCUAGAACAGGGCGUUUCUGCUCUCGGGGUCGAUUCUCUCGUUGCCGUGGAGCUGCGCAAUUGGCUCGCUCUCGCAGGUCAGGCGAAGCUGUCUAUUUUCGAGGUCCUACAGAGCGCUUCGAUCAAUCAGGUUGCAGAGCUGAUCAUCAAGAGAAGUGCUCUAGUAAAAUAG